AUGUCAUCAUGCAUCACCAAAGAGAUUACGGCCUAUGUGGGGACCCCGAUCAGUGGUAUCCCGGUCGACUACUUAGAUACCCCCGGCGUGGGGGAUACCGAUGUGACGCCCAUGAAGGUCCUCACCAUGAUCGAACAGGAGCUUAUGACGGAUGAACUCGGAUGCUCCGACUCCAUCGACGGCGUGAUCGUCACCACGCCCAUCCCGGAUGGACGCGUAAAGCUCGGUGCACAGGUUGUGCAGCUUCUUGUCGAACAUGGCUUUCUUGGCGAGGAGAAGUGGCGGAACAUCAUCCUCGUUGGCACCAAAGCAGACCGUGCUACAAAGGAGGAGCUGGACCUGUUCCGCACCGACCGGCGUGAUGCCGCGGGGCAGGUUGUGGGAGUCGCAGCCCAGUUCUUCAAUGCUGCUCCAGGCGGUCAUGGCACCUUCGUGACGACAUCUCGCGACAACUAUGGGGAGCUGCGCAAGGCCAUCGCUGCCCUGCCGAACAUGAAAGUGAAGUACGCCACGCCCGACCCCAGCUUGAUGGCCGAGAAGUUCUCCGAGAAGCUUGGCUUGUCGAAGGAUGCCUUCCGGGCCGAGCUGCUUCAAGCGCGACAGGAGUUCGAAGCGAAGAUUGCCGAGCAGAUGGAGGAAAAAUCGCAGCUCCGGGCACAAGUGGAAGAGCUCAGGCUGGCACAGGAGAGGAGUCACCACGAGCACGCCCUCUUAGCGGAGACGAAGGAGAGGCAGCUGAGGGAGCGGGAGUGUGAGCACCAGCGGCUUCUGGUCGAGAUGCGCUUGGCCGGUCCUGCUGAGCGUGCGAAGCUUGAGGCGGAAAGGGACGUAUUGGAGAGGCAGCUGCGACAAGAGAAGGUGGGAUCUGUCCGAAACUCAAACCCGAAAGACCCGAGGACAGAGCAGCUGAAUCGUGAGAUGGCAAACUUGCGCACCGCGCUGCAGCAGAGUCGACAUCGAAACUAUGCCUUCGCGCCGAACACAAGUGGAGUCAGGAACUGCUCCCACAGCCACACGCGGAAUUGGGGCAAUGCCCAUGGAAAAGGAUGCAAGUGCCUGGAUUGCGGCGAGGAGCUGCUCUACAAAAAGAGGAGGCACUGCCCCGAUGCAUUGAUGAGGCAGUUGAUGAUUAGGAUCUUGGUGCCACUCUUCGGAGCCAUCGCGAAAUACCUGAAAGUACAAGCAUCAAAGCUUGAAUCCUCGAACCACAAAUACCACAUUGACAUGUUUACCACCUUCGACCAACAAAG